AGAAAGGUAGUUGAAGUCCACAACUCAUAACAACAAUGGAGAAGCAAUCACUAACUUUUGAUGGUGAUGAAGAAGCAAAAGUUCGCAAGUCAUCAAAAUAUCAUCCAAGCAUUUGGGGUGAUUAUUUUAUCCAAAACUCCUCGCUCUCUCAUGCAAAGGAGUCCACUCAAAGGAUGAUAAAGAGAGUGGAAGAAUUAAAGGUGCAAGUAAAGAGCAUGUUCCAGGACACUAGUGACUUAAUGCAACUUAUGAAUUUGAUUAAUUCAAUUCAAAUGCUUGGAUUGGACUACCAUUUCGAGAAUGAAAUAGAUGAAGCACUAAGAUUGAUUUAUGAAGUUGAUGAUAAAAGCUAUGGGCUUUAUGAAACUUCUCUAAGAUUUCAAUUGCUUAGGCAACAUGGAUAUCAUCUAUCUGCAGAUAUUUUUAACAAGUUCAAAGAUAACAAUGGAAGCUUUAUAUCUUCCUUGAAUGGAGAUGCCAAGGGAUUAUUAAGCUUAUAUAAUGUGUCUUAUCUUGGAACACAUGGAGAGAUUAUACUUGAUGAAGCCAAGUCUUUUACAAAGCCACAACUUGUAUCAUUAUUGAGUGAACUUGAACCAUCUUUAGCCGCGCAGGUCUCUCUUUUCCUUGAGUUACCACUAUGUCGAAGAAAUAAAAUUCUCUUGGCACGAAAAUAUAUACUUAUUUAUCAAGAAGAUGCAAUGCGAAACAAUGUCAUAUUAGAACUUGCAAAGUUGAAUUUCAAUUUGCUACAAUCUCUUUAUCAAGAGGAAUUGAAGAAAAUUUCAAUAUGGUGGAAUGAUUUAGCAUUUGCUAAGUCUCUAAGUUUUACUCGUGACCGAGUUGUGGAAGGUUAUUAUUGGGUUCUUACUAUAUAUUUUGAGCCUCAACAUUCUCGUGCGCGAGUGAUUUGCUCCAAAGUAUUUUCUUUGCUAUCAAUUAUGGAUGAUAUCUAUGAUAACUAUGGCACAUUGGAAGAGUGUACGCUAUUAACUGAGGCAAUCAAAAGGUGGAAUCCACAAGCUGUUGACAGUUUACCAGAAUACUUGAAAGAUUAUUAUCUCAAGCAAUUAAAGACUUUUGAAGAAUUUGAAGAUGAGUUGGAACUCAAUGAGAAGUAUCGUAUGCUAUAUCUUCAAGAUGAAAUAAAGGCUCUAGCGAUAUCUUAUCUUGAAGAAGCUAAGUGGGGUAUCGAGCGACAUAUGCCAUCACUUGACGAACACUUGCAUAAUUCAUUAAUCUCCUGUGGGAGUUCUGCAGUCACUUGUGCCUCUUUUGUAGGUAUGGGAGAAGUGGCAACAAAAGAGGUGUUUGACUGGCUUUCUAGUUUUCCCAAGGUUGUAGAAGCUUGUUGUGUAAUUAGUAGACUCUUGAAUGAUAUAAGAUCACAUGAGCUGGAGCAAGGAAGAGAUCAUGCUGCCUCUACAGUGGAAAGUUACAUGAAAGAGCAUGACACAAAUGUAAAUGUUGCAUGCAAGAAUCUGCGAGAGAUAGUAGAGAAAGCGUGGAAGGAUCUCAACAACGAGUCUCUUAAUCGAACAAAAGUACCUCGACUUAUGAUUGAAAGAAUAGUCAACCUUUCAAAAGCAAACGAAGAAAUAUACAAGCAUAAUGAUACGUACACCAAUUCUGACACUACGAUGAAAGAUAAUAUCUCUUUGGUGUUAGUUGAAUCUUGUGACUACUUCAAUAAGUAAUAGUGAGAAGAGCAUGUUGAGGACUAUUAGAGGCAACCAUUUCAGUGGGGAGGAUGCUCAAUAGUCAGUCAAUGUUUGAAUAAAGUAAACUCAUAUUUGGAUGUUUUAUGAAACGUUACUGAUAUGUAUUGAUAACUUAUAUAUGUAUGUGACUUGUUUAAUAAAAUUUGCACUUUUGGUUGAAAGAUAUAAUUAACAAAA